UUCAUCUUUAUAUCAUCCCAUAACCUCUUCCCAUCUUUCCUCAUUUUUUUUCCAAGAAAAAAAAACACACAAACACACACACAGAGUGUGUGACAAAAUUAAAGAUAUACUCUAAGUCUCUAACUAAACAGUCAACAUAGAAGAAAAUAUAGUACAUUAGUACAUACAUACAUGCAUUGAUAAAUAGUAGUAAGUAAGCAAAAGUUGAGAAGGGCAAGAAAAAAAAAUGCCAAGUCCAGAUUCAUUUCUGAGGCAGCUAAGUAGCAAAGAAGGAUGGAAAUCAUUAUCAAAGAGAUGGGGUGGGGGUGGGGGUGGGGGUGGGGGGUGGGGGGCGAGUUUGAAGGAAAUGGAGGGUAUGUACAAUGGGGGUGGGGGUGAAAAUGGAAUGUUUGUGAUGAAGAAGAAGAGAGUAAUGGUGGUAGUUGAUGAAAAAACACACAGUAAACACGCAAUGAUGUGGGCUCUAACUCAUGUUACUAACAAGGGUGAUAUUCUCACUCUUCUUCACAUUGUUUCUUCUUCUUCUUCUUCUGAAAACUCUCUCUCUCCUCAACUUGCCACCUCACUUGGCUCUCUCUGCAAGGCCUGUAAACCAGAGGUUGAAGUGGAAGCACUGGUUAUCCAAGGACCAAAAAUGGCUACAGUGAUAAGCCAAGUGAAGAAGCUUGAUGUUUCUGUUCUUGUCUUAGGCCAAAAAAAGCCCUCUUCAUUUCUCAAUUGCUUGUGUCUGAAGAGCAGCACAGAGGAAUUUGUGGAGCAAUGCAUCAACUGCUUGGAAUGCUUAACAAUCGGAGUUCGAAAACAGAGCAAUGGUGUCAGUGGUUACCUUAUCAGCACCAGAUGGCACAAGAAUUUCUGGCUCUUGGCUUAAAGAUUCAAUUUUUCCUGUUUUUUUUUUCUUUCUAAAUAAUCUGUAGAAUAAUUCAAUUCGCGUGUACGUAUCUCGAUUUCCUUCGUCGUCAUCGUCGUCUACGUUGCUCUGUAAUAAUCUCUAACCUUUUAAUUUCAGAACAAACUAGAUUUCUGAAA